AUGGCGACACAUCAACACUCUCCGGAUAGCAGCAGUGAGGAGUGUACCGUGCUGGAGGCUCCGCCCACUAAGGACACCUGCCCGCAGCAUGGCGGCAAGGUGUCCGAGUACUGCUGGGCGUGCACACGAGCGCUGUGUGUCGAGUGCGCGCCUGAGCAUGGCGACCACUCUAGGGCUUCUUUAAGCCAGGCUUUGGAGCAGUACCGGAGUUUCUUGGAGACAGGAAUGAGGGCGGCUCACGACAGACUGCCGCAGAUUUCUGCCGCCGCCGUGGUGGUGGGGGAGAUGGUCCAGCAGCUGACAAAUCAGAGGGCGGCCAUCGAGGAGGACAUUCUAUCCAGCUUCGAGGACCUUCACAAGCAGUUGGACGUGAGGAAGAGUGUUCUACUCAUGGAGUUGGAGGUCACCUAUGGCUUGAAGCACAAGGUGCUCCAGUCCCAGCUUGAGAGCCUCCAGCAGGGAGAAGGUGCCGUGUCGUCUGCAUGCGCCCGCGCAAAGGAGCUAUUAGCGACUGAUGCGUGUGCCACUAACUUGGAAGUGGAGCUGGAGCUCAAGGAGAAGCUGGAGGAACUGGCCAGACGGGGUCUGUCCUGUCAGCCGGAGGAGAACGACCAACUGGACCUGAUCCUAGAGACAGACGGACUGCGAAAGUGGAUUCACAACCUAGGCACCAUCGUGACCACCAGUGCAGUGGCAAGCCAGAGUGAAGCCAUGGGCGCCGGCCUGGAGCAAAGCAUCGUGGGACUCCCUUCCUCUGUCACCAUAGUAACCCGAGACAAGUCCGGAGGGGCCUGCAAGAGCGGGAACGCAAUCCUGUCUGCUGAGGUGUUUACACCCGAUGGCAGCAUCGUGGACGGCGAGAUCUUGGACCACAAGAAUGGAACGUAUGAGUUUGUUUACGUGGUACCCAAAGAGGGUGACUUUUCACUGGCGCUGCGUCUGUAUGACCAACACAUUAAAGGAAGUCCCUUCAAGCUAAAUGUUAGCACGCCACAGCAGGUGUCGCCCUCCACAACCACGCCCUCCAACUCCGCUGCCAACGCCACACCAUCUACAGGCUCCUCAGAAGGCGCCAAAAGGCGGGGCAAGUCCCCAGGCCAGAAGAAGAAGGGCUCCAAGAGAGCCAGCAGCGCCUUGGGAACGCCACGCCGCAAAACCCAGAACCCCAUCGAGGAUGACCUGAUCUUUCGGAUCGGAACUAAGGGCCGGAACAAAGGAGAGUUUACCAAUCUUCAAGGAGUCGCCGCGGCAGCCAGCGGGAACAUUCUGAUCGCCGACAGCAACAACCAGUGUGUGCAGGUUUUCUCCAGCCAGGGAGAAUUCAAAAGUCGAUUUGGGGUGCGUGGGCGGUCCCCGGGGCAACUGCAGCGGCCCACGGGCGUGGCAGUGCACGCCAGCGGUGACAUCAUCAUCGCCGACUACGACAACAAGUGGGUGAGCAUCUUCUCCAGUGAGGGUAAAUUCAAGGCCAAGCUGGGUUCGGGUAGGCUGAUGGGACCCAAGGGUGUGUCGGUGGACCACGAAGGUCACGUGAUUGUAGUGGACAACAAAGCCUGCACAGUUUUCAUCUUCCAGCUGACUGGAAAGCUCGUCACCAAGUUCGGGAGCCGCGGGAACGGCGACAAACAGUUUGCAGGUCCGCACUUCGCCGCUGUCAACAAAAACAACGAGAUCAUAGUGACAGACUUCCACAAUCACUCUGUCAAGGUGUUCUCUCCUGAAGGAGAGCUUCUUCUUAAGUUUGGUUCUAACGGCGAAGGCAACGGGCAGUUCAACGCCCCCACCGGCGUGGCCGUUGACGCCAAUGGAAACAUCAUUGUUGCCGACUGGGGUAACAGCCGUAUACAGGUGUUUGACGGCAGCGGCUCCUUUCUGUCCUACAUUAACACGUCAGCCGACCCUCUGUACGGGCCGCAGGGAUUGGCCCUGACCCAGGACGGACAUGUGGUGGUGGCCGACUCAGGAAACCACUGCUUCAAAGUUUACCGCUACCUACAGUGA